AUGUCGGUGCUUAUGCUAUCCCUCAUUACGAUCAUUGUAUCAUGGGACGCAACGGCGCUAUCGGUGGCACUGGCGACCAUCACCAGCCAAUUACAGGGCACAACAUUCCAGUCCUUCAGGGCAAGUAUUGCCUUCACCCUGGGCGUGGCAGUGACGCAACCUAUUUAUGCAAGCGUGUCGGAUGCCCUGGGUCUCAUCUUCGCGACGGCAUGCAAUAUCAACGUCGUUGUCGUGGGCCGGUUGAUCCAAGGCCUGGGAGGGGGCGGCUUGGAUGUGCUCGAGACGAUCAUUCUCACCGAUAUCACCACCCUCAAAGAGCGACCGCGCUAUCAGGGCGUAAUGUCAGUGUCUAUUGCGUCAGGGGUGAUUGGCGGGCCACUUGUGGGUGGUGUAUUUGCCGAAUACGUCAAUUGGAGAUGGCUCGGCUGGAUUAAUCUGCCCUUUGUCGGAUCUGCUGCCGUUCUGUCCAUUUUGUUCCUCCGGUUACAGUCAAUUGAUAUGGACUUCAAGACCAAGGUCCGGCGCCUGGAUUGGGUGGGGUUCCUCCUAUUUACUAUAGGCGCCACCGCGGUAGCCUUGCCCUUGAGUUGGGCUGGCUCUCUAUACCCCUGGGGCUCAUGGCGAACACUUGUCCCCUUGGUCAUUGGCUGCUUGGUCCUGGUUGUGUUCGCAAUUCUAGAAAGGAAAGCGAUCGAGCCCAUGAUCCCGUACCGGAUCUUCGACAACAGGACGGCAAUUGUCUCGGCAGCGAUCUUUCUUCAGGCACCUCUCGACGCAGCAAAGCCUAUCCUACCAUUCUGCCUUCUCCUUGUGGCUCUGAGCAUCAUUACAUCAGUGGUGAUAGACUGGACCCGUCGGUACCGGCUAGCAUUCUGGCUGGGUUGGAUCCUGACCACCGUGUUCUUGGGCUUGUUAUAUCGGGCCGGCCGAGACACCAGCCAGGCGGAGUUGAAUACCUUCCAGGUAUUUCUAGGCAGUGGAAUUGGCAUAAUUCUUACCGCUGGCACCGUCGCGAUGCUGGCCAGUGUGACCCGAGUGGAUGAUGCCGGACUAGCCGUGGGGCUUCUUCUUGUAUUUCGCAUCCUUGGUUCCCUCCUAGGUCUUGCUAUUGCCUCGACAGUCUUCAGCUCUGUUUUCCAGAAAAGUAUAGCCGCGGUGGGUGAUCUACCAGAGUCCUUGAGCAUUCUGCAGGAUGCGAGUAGAGCGAUUGACUUUAUCCCGGAGCUAAGAACCCUUAACCUGCCAGAUGACAUGAUGGAUCGAUUGAUAGAUGCCUACCAGAAACCGUUUCAGAUGAUCUGGUUGGUCUUAGCAUGUAUCGCGGCACUGGCUUCGUUUAUAUCGUUCUUUGUCAAAGACUUGACCCUUGAAAAAGAGGAAGUUGGCAGGCAAGGGUUCCAGUCGUCUUCAUGA